AUGUCGAUUCUUAAUCUGUCUGCUCACUGGAAGAGGAAAAUAGGUCUUGCUCCGUUGGUGAAGAAGGUCAGUGAGCCUCGAGUUGUAGACAUGACUAAUAAAUUAUGUGAUAAAUUAUUAAAUGGAAAAGAUCAAAAUCGCGAUAUUGCAAGCAUAGCUUUGAAAACAAUUGUUGCUGAAGUCAAUACUCCAUCCCUUGCUCAAUCUAUUUUAGUUUCUCUUCCAUCCCAGUUGAUAAAAGGAAUAACUGGCCUGGGGAUGAGUACAGAGAUUAAAUGUGAAUGCCUUGAUAUUUUAUGUGAUGUACUGCAUAAAUUUGGAAACCUAAUGGUGACUGACCAUGAGGCGCUUUUAAAUGCUCUAUUGUCCCAAUUGAUUUCCAAACAAGCCACAGUCAGAAAAAAAACAGUUUCCUCUAUUGCAUCUCUAGCCUCAAGUUUGUCGGAUGAUCUACUGGGAAAGGCAACAGUUGAAGUUGUACGGAACUUGAGACUUAAGGGAGUUAAAUCUGAAAUGGUCCGUACAAACAUUCAAAUGAUUGGUGCAUUAAGUGAGAGUGCAAAUGAGUAUACAGAUGAUGAAGAUGUCAGCUGGAAGGUUAGGAGAGCUGCAGCUAAGUGCUUAGCAGCAGUAAUUGUUUCUCGUCCUGAGAUGCUAUCGAAGUUAUAUGAGGAGGCCUGUCCAAAGUUGAUUGACAGAUUUAAAGAAAGAGAAGAAAAUGUCAAGAUGGAUGUAUUCAAUACGUUCAUUGAGUUAUUGCGCCAAACUGGAAAUGUGACAAAAGGGCAAGUUGACAUGAAUGAAUUGAGUCCAAGGUGGUUAUUGAAGCAAGAAGUGCCCAAGAUUGUCAAGUCUAUAAACAGGCAGCUAAGGGAGAAAUCUGUUAAGACGAAGGUUGGUGCAUUUUCUGUUCUGAAGGAACUUGUGGUUGUCUUGCCUGAUUGUCUUGAAGGUCAUAUUGGAUCACUCAUUCCAGGAAUUGAAAAGGCAUUAAACGACAAAUCUUCAACUUCAAAUUUGAAGAUAGAAGCUCUUGUAUUUACAAGAUUGGUCUUAGCUUCUCAUUCUCCUUCCGUUUUCCACCCUUACAUUAAGGUGAUAUUUGUUAUAUUGCAGGGUUCUGGUUUUGAUUUUAAACCCUAUGUUCAUCCUAUAUAUGCUUCCAUCAUGUCCCGCUUGACAAACCAAGACCAAGAUCAGGAGGUCAAAGAGUGUGCUAUUUCCUGUAUGGGUCUUGUGAUCUCAACAUUUGGUGAUAAUCUCAGAGCAGAAUUGCCUUCAUGUCUCCCUGUACUAGUUGAUCGCAUGGGAAAUGAGAUAACCAGGCUUACAGCAGUGAAGGCGUUUGCUGUCAUUGCUGCUUCUCCACUUCGGGUAGAUUUAUCAUGUGUUUUGGAGCAUGUAAUUGCAGAGCUGACUGCAUUCCUGAGAAAGGCUAAUCGGGCACUAAGGCAGGCGACAUUAGGAACGCUAAAUUCUCUUAUUGAAGCUUAUGGUGAUGAAAUUGGUUCUUCUGCUUAUGAAGUAAUUAUUGUGGAACUGUCAACUUUAAUAAGUGAUUCGGACUUGCACAUGACAGCUCUUGCCUUAGAACUCUGCUGCACCUUAAUGGCUGACAAAAGAUCCAACUCAAAUGUUGGCUUGGCUGUUAGGAAUAAAGUUCUCCCUCAGGCACUAACAUUAAUCAAAAGCUCAUUGCUACAGGGUCAAGCACUUUUGGCAUUGCAAAACUUCUUUGCUGCCCUAGUGUAUUCUGCCAAUACAAGUUUUGAUGUUUUACUAGAGUCUCUUCUUGCUUGUGCGAAACCAUCUCCACAAUCAGGUGGUGUUGCAAAACAGGCUUUGCAUUCAAUAGCUCAAUGUGUGGCUGUUCUUUGCCUAGCUGCGGGUGAUCAGAAAUGCUCAUCUACAGUGAAGAUGCUAACGAAGAUCCUUAAAGAUGAUAGCAGCACCAAUUCUGUGAGUUCUAGAGUAAUUUGUUUUGGACUUUUUAGGCACGUUAAAAGAAUUUGGCAUGAAGAAACGAAUUAGAUGGUUUUGAUGGUA